CCUCUCUGUCUAAUCUCUCUGUGCUGCGGUAGAUAGCUGAUAAUGGCUGGAUGCAAAGAGUAUGCAGUAACGGUGAAGGCGAAGGAGAGAGUGGCUGCGGGGCUGCCGGUGCAGGAGCAACGGCUGCCUUUGUCCAACCUUGACCUGCUGUUGCCGGCAUUGGACGUCGGUGUGUUCUUCUGCUACAAAAAACUACCAGCCGAACAGAGCCCGGCGACUUUCGCCACCAUGGUCAGUGCUCUCAAGACAUCACUGGCUCGGGCCCUGGUGACCUACCAACCCUUCGCCGGCGAGGUCGUCACCAACUCGAUGGGUGAGCCUGAGCUGCUUUGCAACAACCGCGGCGUGGAUUUCAUCGAGGCUUAUGCCAAUGUGGAGCUCCAAGAGCUGCGCCUUUAUAACCCUGAUGAAAGCGUGGAGGGGAAACUGGUGCCCAAGAAGGAGGAAGGGGUGCUCUGUGUCCAGGCAACAGAGCUCAAAUGCGGGGGGCUGGUGCUGGCCUGCACUUUCGACCACCGCAUUGCGGACGCCUACUCCACCAACAUAUUCCUGGUAGCCUGGGCCGAGACCGCCGGUUCCAAGCCUAUUUCCCUUUCCCCCUCCUUCCGCCGCUCUCUCCUCACACCGCGCCGCUCGGGCUCUCACGACCCCUCUCUGGACCGCCUCUUCGUGCCGUUCUCCUCGCUGCCGCCCCUGCCCCCGCCCUCUCCCGACCAGGAGGCCGCCGUCAGCCGCAUCUACUACAUCGUCGCCGACGACAUCGCCCGGAUCCAAGUCGCUGCCGGCGGCCAGCGAACCAAGAUGGAGGCCUUCAUUGCCUACCUCUGGCGCGUCCUCUCCCGCACCGCCCGCCCGGAGGACAAGGUCUGCCGCAUAGGCGCCGUCGUCGACGGACGUUCCCGGCUGGCCCCCGGUGGCGAGAUGGCCGGGUACUUCGGCAACGUGCUGUCGUUCCCAUACGGGAGCCUCGGGGUGGAGGAGCUGAAGGAUAUGGGCCUGGAGGAGGUGGCGGAGGUGGUGCACGGGUGGCUGCGGCCGGCGGUAACGGAGGAGCACUUCCGGGGUCUGGUGGAUUGGGUGGAGUUCCAGCGGCGGGAGCCAGUGGUGCCGAGGAUCUUGCUCGGGCAUAAGGAAGAGGGGGUAGGGUGCAUGGUGUCGUCGGGUCGGCGUUUGCCGGUGGGGGAGGUGGAGUUCGGGUGGGGGAGGGCGGUGUUUGCGUCGUACCACUUCCCAUUGGAGAACCCCACAGGCUACGCGAUGCCUAUGCCCAGCGCCAAAGGGAACGGGGACUGGGUGGUCUACAUGCACCUGCGCAAGAGUUUUGCGGACCUGCUGGAGGCAGAGGAGCCGCCGGUUUUCCGACCUCUGACCGCCGAUUAUUUCCUGGCGGUUGCCAAGUGAAACCCAAACGUAUCCGUGUCCGCAGCCACAUCUGGGAUGUUCAUGGUCGUGUUUGUGUGUGAAAUUCUGGUUUCUGUUCUCGCUACGCUCUUGAUGAUGUUGUAUAGAGAAUGUGCGCGCCCCUCACUCCCGAAAAAUAAAAGGAAUUCCCCUCUCCUAUUUACCAAUUU